GCUGAGCAUGCGCACUGCCGCGAUUCCUGCUGCCGGAGGCCUGCUGCGUGUGUCGGUCCAGCUGUUAAUCGCUAAAACGCAACGCUGCUGGGACCCCAAAGCAGGUGACAAUCCAUAGAGGAAACCGGAGGGGAGGAUUAUUGGGAGGUGCCAGACGGAAAAAGAGGGGAAAGGAGAGACCAAAAAUUGAAGCAAAAUUGAAGAAUAGAAAAGGAUCUUCUUGCUUCUCAACAUGGAGGAACAACGAGAAAGAAGCUUGAACCCACCGCAUAACAAAAACUUAACUUCUGAGUCAAGCUUUCAGUGUCAGAGAGAAAUGCACACAGAAGGGAAACCACAUAAAUGCUUGGAGUGUGGAAAGAGCUUCGGGCAGAGUGGAAAGCUUACCGUACACCAGAGAACCCACACUGGAGAGAAACCACAUAAAUGCCUGGAGUGUGGAAAGAGCUUCAGCACAAGUGGAUAUCUGAAUAUACACCACAGAAUCCACACAGGGGAGAAACCAUAUGAAUGCUUGGAGUGUGGAAAGAGUUUUAGCACGAGUGGAGAUCUUACAAUACACCAUCGAACCCACACUGGGGAGAAACCAUAUGAAUGUUCAGAGUGUGGAAAGAGCUUCAGCCGGAUUGGACUCCUUAGUUUACACUUCAGGACCCACACGGGGGAGAAACCCUAUGCAUGCUUGGAGUGUGGAAAGUGCUUCAGUACGAGUGGAGAUCUUACUAUACACCAUAGAAUCCACACUGGGGAGAAACCAUAUGAAUGCUUGGAGUGUGGAAAGCGCUUCAGUACGAGUGGAGAUCUUACUAUACACCAUAGAACCCACACUGGGGAGAAACCAUAUGAAUGCUUGGAGUGUGGAAAGCGCUUCAGCCAGAAUGGAAAUCUUUCCUUACACCACAGAACUCACACUGGGGAGAAACCACAUAAAUGCUUGGAGUGUGGAAAGAGCUUCAGCACAAGUGGAUAUCUGAAUAUACACCACAGAAUCCACACUGGGGAGAAACCAUAUGAAUGCUUGGAGUGUGGAAAGAGUUUCAGCACGAGUGGAGAUCUCACUAUACACCGUAGAACCCACACUGGGGAGAAACCAUAUGAAUGCUUGGAGUGUGGAAAGAGCUUCAGCCAGAGAGGAUACCUUAAUAUACACCGUAGAACCCACACAGGAGAGAAACCAUAUGAAUGCUCGGAGUGUGGAAAGAGCUUCAGCCAGAGGGGACAGCUUAAUCAACACCAUAGAAGACACACUGGGGGAAACCAGCCAGAGUGGACAGCUACAAGAACCAGCCUGCUCUGGUAUAUCAGACUGGUGCCUUGGCCAGGAAAGGGAGGAGUCCCAGCCUCCCCAGUAUGGGAGCGGAGGGGCCGACGAGGGGUCCGCCAGACUUUGGACGCCAGACUUCCGAGCAGCGCGCCAUCGGUCAAUUUCACCGAGGAACAGACUCGCGUGGAUUCUCCCGUGGAUUCCCGCCGCUCGCUACCAACCGGUGACGCCCAGAGAGACGUCGGACGGGGACCUUGGAGCUUGGUAAAUCCCCCAAAAGCCGAGGAAUCCCGAGUGGGCAAAUACCACCGGUCGGUCGCAGAGAUCCGAGGCGAGGAAGGCGGCGAUGGGCAGCGCUCAGAUCCAAUGCCCCAUUCUUCCCUGGCCACCACAGUAGAGUAUGAUGGGCAAGAGAGUAGGGCUAACGGUUCAGAAGAUGAAGAACUUGAAGACAUCCCCAGAAUGAAGGCUGGGAAGAAGGCCACCAGAGAAGCCUACGAGCUACGGGAGGAGAGACAAAAGGACCCGGAAGGGGAAGGAGUGUAUCCCUUGCCAAGAGCCCAGGGCAAGACCUUUGUCCAUGUACCCUUGACCACCUCUGACUUAUACAACUGGAGCAACGAGAUGCCUCCCUACCAGGAAGACCCCAAGAAGAUGGUGGGACUCUGGGAAGCGGUUUUCAGACUCCAUAAGCCAACUUGGGCCGACAUCCAGCAAAUGUGCGUUAUCAUGUUAACCCAGGAAGAGAGACGGCUGGUGAUGGAGAAGGGACUGGCCUUAGCCAUGGAGGCUCAGUGGCUGAAGGAGUCUCGUGAAUGGGGGUUGCUGGGCAUGCGCACUGCCGCGAUUCCCGCUGCCGGAGGCCUGCUGCGUGUGUCGGUCCAGCUGUUAAUCGCUAAAACGCAACGCUGCUGGGACCCCAAAGAAAUGCCUGCAGAGGAGAAAGCAUAUGAAUGCUUGGAGUGUGGAAAGAUCUUCAACCAGAGGGGGAAUCUUACUAGACACCAAAGAAACCACACUGGGGAGAAACCAUAUAAAUGCUUGGAGUGUGGAAAGAACUUCAGCACAAGUGGAGAGCUUAGUAGGCACCAUAGAACCCACACUGGGGAGAAACCAUAUAAAUGCUUGGAGUGUGGAAAGCGCUACAACCAGGUAGGACAUCUUACUAUACACCAUAGAACCCACACUGGGGAGAAACCAUAUGAAUGCUUAGAGUGUGGAAAGAGCUUCAGCACGAGUGCAGAGCUUACCAGACAUGAUAGAACUCACAGUGGGGAGAAACGACCUAAGUGCUUUGAGUAUGGAACAAGCUUCAGCACGAGUAGACACCUUACUGAACACCAGAGGGCCCACAAUGGCGAGAAACCACAUAAGUGCUUCGAGUGUGGAAAGAGCUUCAGCACGAGUGGAGACCUUAUAAGGCACCAUAGAAGCCACACUGGCGAGAAACCACAUAUAUGCUUGGAGUGUGGAAAGAGCUACAGCCAGAGAGGACAUCUUACUAUACACCAUAGAACCCACACUGGGGAGAAACCAUAUGAAUGCUUAGAGUGUGGGAAAAGAUUCAGCGCGAGCGGAGACCUUACUGUACACCUUAGAACCCACACUGGGGAGAAACCCCAUAAAUGUUUGGAGUGUGGAAAGAGCUUCAGCACGUUUGGACAGCUUACUGGGCACCAUAGGAUCCACACUGGGGAGAAACCAUAUGAAUGUCUGGAGUGUGGAAAGAGCUUCAACUGGAGCGGAAAUCUUAUUAGGCACCAAAGAACCCACACUAAAGAGAAACCACAUAAGCGCUUUGAGGGGGCAGAGAGAGAGGAAGCAGCAAGUUUACCCCCACCUCAUUCCUGCUAGCCCUGGGCAACUGUGCCACUGGGAUAGGAGCUCUCUUUUAACAGCCCUGGCACCUAAGAACCAGAGGAGCCUAAGAACCUCUUCUCACUCAUGUGGUCAGUAUUCUGGAAAGAGGGUUUGCCUCAGAGCCCCAUCAAGCCAAGUCUAUUGAGGAACUGCAGAAUCUGUUGCGGUGGAUGGAAUUUGCAUCACCCUUCAUGCAGUCGGGAUUCGCUGAGCCAAAUAACUGUGUUCACGUAUGUGUGUUUUAAAAACCCACCAAUUUCUCGUCCUGGCGGUAAUCUUGAAAACUUCUCGAUGAGAUCUUCCGAGCCCGGAAUGCAGCAGGGACUUCCAGAGAUUGGUGGGGGUGAGGCAGUAUUUCCUCAUAUCAUCUGCAUGAAAAAUUGCCCUACGUUAUUUUGGUGCAACCAUGGCUCCCUACCACAGCAACCAUACAUUUCAGACUGAUAAGUACACAGAGACCUGCCAUGUGUUUGAACUCCUGCUCAUGAUUACAGCUUAGGAGGCCAGCCUCAAGCUAUUGUGGUGACCUGUGUUCAGUCUCAUAGAGGGCAGUUGGGGGAAAGUGUCAUGUUCAGUUCCUGGCAGAGCUGUACUUGAAUGCUCUUAACACAACUUGGGCAUGCUGUUUAAUUUUAAUUUACUUUUUAUAUCCCGCUCUUCCUCCAAGGAGCCCAGAGCGGUGUACUACAUACUUCAGUUUCUCCCCACAACAACCCUGUGAAGUAGGUUAGGCUGAGAGAGAGAGAGAAGUGACUGGCCCAGAGUUACCCAGCAAGUCUCAUGGCUGAAUGGGGAUUUGAACUCGGGUCUCCGCGGUCCUAAUCCAGCACUCUAACCACUACACCACGCUGGCUCCCUAAGAAUAUUAUCUAAGGAUAUGUUUAGCUAAGAAUAUGUAAUAGGUACUCACUUGGACACUGUGAAGUUUUGUAUCAAUAUUUGAGGGAACACCAGAUAUCUGGCAGACAUUACAUCGAGAUCUGUGAUAUUGAAAUAAGACUGAAUAAAUCUUAUAAUAACAUAAGAGCAGCCCUGCUGGAUCAGGCCCAAGGAAACCCAUCUAAUCCAGCAUCCUCUUUCACACAGUGGCCCACCAGAUGCCGCUGGAAUCCCACAGGCAGGAGUUGAGGGCAUGCCCUCUCUCCUGCUGUUGCUCCUCUGCAACUGGUAUUGAGAGGCAUCCUGCCUCUGAGGCUGGAGGUGGCCUAUAGCCCUCCGACUAGUAACCAUUGAUAGACCUACCCUCCAUGAAUGUAUCCAAACCCUUCUUAAAGUCAUCCAGCUUGUUGGCUGUCACCACAUCUUGUGGCAGAGAAAUCCACAAGUUGAUUAUGCGUUGUGUGAAAAAAGUAAGAAAAAUAUUUUUUUGCGAUCAAAGCUUGGAUUUCACAGCAACCUAGAUACGUUUCCACAUAUGGUUAAACAUAAUGGAAGCCUUUGGGGAUGUCUCUGUGAACACAAUCUCUCUUUUUACUGUAAGACAUCUAUGUUUGGUUUUAUCAGUGAGUACGUGGAUUAAGUUGAUCCAGUUGACCUAGUGUACCUGGACUUUCAAAAAGCUUUCGACAAGGUCCCUCAUCAAGAACUUGGGGUAAGUUGGCGACAAAUUGGCCAAUGGCAGAGGUGGACUUUCAAAAAGCUUUCGACAAAGUUCAUCAAGAACUUUCAGGUAAGCAGCGAGGUGGCUAAAUUUGCAGAUGACACCAAACUAUUUAGGAUACUGAAAUAUAAAAAUAAAAAUGGGAUUGUGAGGAGCUCCAAAAGUAUUCCUCCAAGAUGGGGGAGUGGGUGACAACAUGGCAAAUGGCAGAGGUGCUUUCUAUCUGCUUCAGCCAACACACCAGCUGUGUCAGUUUCUUGUGAUAAACGACCUCAAAACGAUGGUACAAAUGCUGGUAGUCUGCAGACUUGACUACUGCAAUGCACUCUAUGUGGGGCUGCCUUUGUACGUAGUCCUUUUAUCUGCAGUUGAUACAGAAUGCAGAAUCCAGGUGGGUCUCUGGAGCAUUUCGGAGAGACAUAUCACUCUUGUUUUGAAAGACCUACACAGAUAAACUUUGCCGAUAAGUUUCCGGGCAAAAUACAAGGUGCUGGUUAGAACCUAUAAAGCUCUAAACAGCGUAGGCCCUGGGUACUCCAGAGAACGUCUUCUUUGCCAUGAGCCACACCUCCCAUUGUGAUCAUCCAGAGAGGUCAGUCUGCAGUUGCCUCCUAAUCAUCUGGUGGCUACACAAGCACGGGUCUUCUCCAUUGCUGCCCCGAGAAUCUGGAGUGUGCUUCCUGCUGAAAUUGGAGCCUCCUCAUAUCUGCAGCUUUUAAGAAUGCAGUUAAGACACAUUUGUUCACCCAGGCUUUUAAUUAGAUUCACAGGUUUGAUUAGUGUUAAUAUUGUUUUAAUGUUCAAGGGUCUAUGUUUUUACAGUUUAAUUCUGUUUUAAUUUUCAUUGUGUCAUGAUCCGCCCAGAGAUGUAAAUUUUGGGCGGCAUACAAGUGUGUUAAGGAAGUAAAUUAGCAAAUAAGCAAACAAUUACAUUGUAGUGAUCAGCUACCCCUCCCUCUAAAGAGUUAACCGGAAGUGAACCCUGUCCUGACUGGCUGGCUGGUGAACUCCAGGGCUCAGCCAAUCAGCACACCAAGUGGGUGGGACCUAGAGAGCUGUUGGGAGGAGGAAGGCAGGUUUUUUGUUAGAGGGGGACAUGUGGCCAUGAAGAUUGGCUGCAGGAAAAUGUGUCCGCAGUUCCUGGGAAGCCAGGAGGGCAGGAAGCUUGAGCUCUCAAGCAGAGUUUGGUGAGUUCAAGAAAAGGAAGCCUGGGCUUUGGACUCAGGAAGUUUAGUCUAGGGGAAAGUUUGUUUAGUCAGACUUUGCAUUAGAAGUUAUAUUUCCUUUUGUGUGUGCGUUUUGUAUAUCCCUGAUACUAUUCUUUGAUUGCUUGCCUGUACUGUAAGCUUUUAAGUGUGUUUUUGCAUUUUCCUUCAUACUUAUUCUUUGCAGCUGGGUAACCAUGAUUUCUAAAGUGUGCUGCCCCAGCAUUCGAGGUGCUUUUUGAAGUAUUCAGUCAGUCUUUAUUACGGUCUUUGACCAAACACAAACAACUAAACCAAUAUAAAAUUUUAAACAUAGCCAUAUUAAUAGCAUAACUAUGUUGGAUCUAACCAUUGGCGAGCAGAGUGUGACAAACUCAUAUUCUUGUAACCUAUUAACUAUUCUUAACUGUAUAUAAAAGCUGAGAAAGCCUCAGACAGAAGCAGUCUGUAGUACUGGAAAUAAAACUGUUUUCCUUUUUGUUCUUUGCA